AUGGAUGAGGAUACCGAUGACGAGAGAAGCCAGGAGCUUCACUCCAUAGCGGCUAUUUACCCCGAGAUCGUUGUGGACUCUUCUACGCCGUUUAAAGCAUCCCUUACUCUUCCAAUAUUACCAGUGAACCCUAUAAAGGCCAUCUUCCGAAAGCCCAGCACCGAGACCAGCACCCCCUGUCUGCCAUCACCUCCUCCGUCGGCCGAACCUAGCGAUGCCGAAAUGGGAGAAAAUGGUAUAAAUGGGGCACAAGAAGCUGAGGAGGCCGUGGAUAACGAAGUCUACAACCUCACGCAUCUGCCUCAUCUUAACUUGGGGAUCGAACUUCCGGAAGGCUAUCCGGCCGAGAAACCGCCGGUAUUUUCAAUAUCAACAGACCAUAACUGGCUCCCUAUCUCAAAUAUCAACAAAUUAAUCGAAGAUGGAACAAGACUAUGGGAGGAAUCCGGAAAUAAUUUGGUCGUGUUCUCAUACAUCGAUCACCUCCAAGUUGCGGCAGAGGAAGGCUUGGGUAUAGGCAAUGAGUCAAAGGAUGUGGUGGUCUUCCCGCAGAGUUUGAAGAUAAGCUUGCUCGAUUUCGAAAAUAAAGCUCGGAAGGAAGAGUUUGAACAAGAGACCUUUGAAUGUGGAGUGUGUCUUGAACCAAAGAAGGGUAAGGUGUGCCAUAGGAUACAGCGGUGCCUUCAUGUGUUUUGUGUCCAAUGUUUGCAGGACUUUUAUAACUCAUGUAUCAAGGAUGGCGAUGUUGACAAUGUGAAAUGUCUUUCUCCUGGGUGUGGAAAGGAGAAAGCUGAUGGUAACCAGCCAGGUCCACGGAAAAAGCAUGACCUGACUCUUCGUCCUGGAGAGCUGAUACAAAUACCCCUUCCGAUCGAAACCGUGCAACGUUAUGCGCGGCUUAAGAGGAAGAAGAAACUCGAGUCAGAUAAGACGACGAUUUAUUGUCCCCGUCAGUGGUGUCAGGGUGCUGCCCGUUCAAAGAAGCAUCCAAAACCGGUAGACCUGAUUAACGAUGAGGAAACCUCUGACGAGGAAGAGGAUAAUCGUGCCCCAUUUGACCCACUAGGCGCACAGGAGCAAUUACCACCAAUGCCGGAGCGGUUGGCUGUCUGUGAGGAUUGCUCCUAUGCAUUUUGCAGCGUUUGCAAAAAAGGUUGGCAUGGCCCGACGAGUAUAUGCUUCCCUCGAAGAGAGAUAGAGCUAUCUGCGGAGGAAAAGGCAUCCGAGGAUUAUCUCGACAUAUAUACCUCGAGAUGUCCCACUUGUGCUGCACGAUGUCAAAAGUCGAUGGGUUGCAAUCAUAUGAUAUGCUUCCAGUGCAACACUCAUUUCUGCUAUCUGUGCUCCAGCUGGCUUUUUGCGAAUAAUCCGUACGCGCAUUUCAACACUGAAAAGACAUCUUGUUAUAUGAGACUGUGGGAGCUGGAAGGCGGCGACGGAGUGGGGGCUCCCCUCCACAUCGAAGACCCAGACAUUGUCAAUGGAGAGAUUGAGAUGAGUGAUGAUGAAGACGAUACCGGACACCCACUAGCUGUACCACCACCUGCACCGGUUCCUCCAAGAGCCGGACCCCGAAAUCGUCGGCUGCCACCACUCGCAGAAGAAAUCGGCCUAGCAAGACUGGGGUUGCGCGGCGGUGAUGCAAAUCGACGCCGUGCACAGCCACGACGGGGUGCUAAUAACAAUAAUAACCAAAAUGGAGCUGAAAACAAUGAUCAGGUGCCUCCCGAGCAGCUGCGAGGACUGCAACGGUUUUUAUACCUCGUUCAGCAUGAUCAGGAAGAUGAAUGGGACAGUGAUGAAAUGGACGAUGAUUUUUGA